GAGUUCGCUCGCAUUUCUUUUCCGCGGUCCCUCCCCUCCCCAAACCCAACCAACCAUGUCGAAGCUCCUCGGCGUCCUUGCCUUCCUAACCCUAACCCUAACCCUCCCAUUUCUAGCCCACUCCUUCUCGCCGGACCACCCCACCGACCGCCGCGUCCUCGUCCUACUCGACGACCUCGCCGUCAAAUCCUCCCACUCCUUGUUCUUCAAAUCCCUCCAGUCUCGAGGCUUCGAGCUCGAUUUCAAGCUCGCCGACGAUCCCAAGAUCUCCUUGCAGCGAUACGGCCUCUACAGCUACGACGCCUUGAUCCUCUUUUCUCCUUCCGUCGAUCGUUUUGGAGGAUCCAUUGACCUGGCUGCUAUACUGGAUUUCGUGGAUAGCGGUCAUGAUUUGAUCAUUGCAGCUGAUACCAAUGCAUCUGAUUUGAUCCGGCAGAUCGCGGUUGAGUGCGGAGUUGAUUUCGAUGAGGAUCCUGGUGCUAUGGUUAUAGAUCACACAAGCUAUGCAGUUUCAGACACUGAAGGAGAUCAUACAGUGAUUGCUAGUGAUGAUUUCAUCAAGUCUGACGUAAUUUUGGGUAGCGAGAAAAUUGAGGCUCCUGUACUUUUCCAAGGGAUUGGCCAUGCAGUAAACUCUGAAAAUAGCCUGGUUUUGAAAGUUCUCUCAGCUUCACCUUCAGCAUAUUCUGCUAACCCCAAAAGCAAGCUGUCAAAUCCUCCAUCGCUCACUGGAUCUGCUAUAUCUUUAGUUUCAGUUGUGCAGGCAAGAAACAAUGCUCGGGUUUUGAUCUCUGGUUCGUUGAGUUUGUUCAGCGACAGGUUUUUCAGAUCCAAGGUGCAGAAGGCUGGGAGCUCAAAGAAACAUAAGAAAUCGUCAAAUGAGCAGUUUCUGACUGAACUUAGCAAAUGGGUCUUCCAUGAAAGAGGUCAUCUCAAGGCUGUUAAUGUAAAACACAACAGAGUUGGGGAAGCAGAUGAACCUGCAAUGUACAGGAUCAACGAUGACCUGCAAUAUUCGGUUGAGAUUUAUGAAUGGCAUGGACAACGAUGGGAACCAUAUGUUGCUGAUGAUGUCCAAGUGCAGUUUUACAUGAUGAGUCCCUAUGUUCUGAAAACCUUGUCGACUGAUCAGAAGGGUCGUUACUUUACAGAUUUUAAGGUUCCAGAUGUUUAUGGGGUUUUCCAAUUCAAGGUUGAGUACCAGAGGCUUGGCUACACAAGUUUGUCUCUCUCAAAGCAGAUCCCUGUUCGACCAUUUAGACACAAUGAAUACGAAAGAUUUAUACCAGCAGCUUAUCCCUAUUAUGGAGCAGCAUUUUCAAUGAUGACAGGUUUCUUCGUCUUCACAGUCGUCCACCUAUACAACAAGUAGAUGUAGAACAAUUGUAGGGGAAGAUGUAAUGCGGUGACUAAGAGCUGAUUAGGAACGGAAAUUUUGAUUACGCAGACUUUAUAAAUGCAUACUAUAUUGUUAAGUAGUUGAAGAAGAAGAUGCCGUCCGGAGGUUGUGCAUGUUAAACAUCAUCCGUACAAUCAAAUCCCCUUGGAUUACACCUUGGUUUGAAUAUUUACCAUUAGAAAGGGGCAGUUAUUAAUGCA